AUGGCGACAACACACACACUCCUCUCCCCAGCCGAGCUGAAUUAUCUGCACACGUCGCUGUCGCUGCGCCCGCCCAUCCGCUCAGACGGCCGCCUGCCGACACAGUUCCGCCCCCUCACAGCCGAGACGGGCAUCCUGCAGGGGACGAACGGGAGCGCGUGCGUGACCUUCUCAGAUGGCGCCGAGGCCAUCGUGGGCGUGAAGGCGGAGAUCGAGAGGACCCCGGACUCGCAGUCCGGCGACGAGGAGGAGAAGAAGGCGAGGGGGGACUGGGUCGAGAUCUCGGUGGAGAUCCCGUCGCAGAGGGACGACGACGCCGCCACCGUGUUCCUGGGGGAGAUGCUGCGGGAGGCCCUGCUGGGCGACGGCGAGUUCGCCAAGAAGCUCCGGAUCAACAGGCGGUUUCACUGGCGGCUUCACAUCGAUAUUCUUCUCCUUUCGCCACCGCUUUCCUAUCCUCUUCCUCUUCUCUCACUCACGACACACCUGGCGCUGUUGGCUACGAGGUUACCAAAGUUAAAGUCAGAAGGCGACGAGGAUCCCAUGUUUGACGACGAUUGGGAGUCGUCGGUGUUCGUAUACCCGCGCGAGGGCGCAUCCGAAGGGACGAGGCCACCGAUCACGCUGCUGGUGGUCACCGUCGGGGACAAUGUCAUAUUCGACCCCUCCAAGGAGGAGCUCGCCGUGGCCGAGACUGCGCUGGCCGUGUCUGUGGCGGAGGUGAGGCGGGAGAAGCCGCGGGGCGGGAUGGAGGUCGACUCCAAGGGCCGGGAGCUGAAGCUGCUCUCCAUCCGCACGAUCGACCCCCCGUCGAGGCUGACGCCACCGGGGGUUCCAAAUGGGACUGCUACGACGGGCACGGAGGGGAAGCCGGCACCGAAUCUGUCAAGUGAGACGCCGGUCGCGGGUGUGUGGAAGGCGCCCCUUGGAGGAACCAAGUUUGCUGUGGUGGAUGGGAUCAUACAGGCAGUGCUGGAAAAGGGUGGUGUCGCUGAUGAGGUCCUGGAUGGUUUAGACGGCGUAGAGCUGGCAUGA